UAUAGUCGUGCCGUUACCUUUAAGUCUUCUUUUUACAAAUGUUGUUGAUCACGUAUGGGGGCAUUGAGUUUAUUUACUUUUGUAAAUAUAUUAUAAGGAAAGCGAGACACUAGAGAGGAAACCGUACGUUGUAUCAUAUAUAGUCAGUUUUUAGAAGAAUUAUGGUAAAAUCAUCAUCAAUAAUAUGCCUUUAAAAAGAUGUUUGAUCGUCGUUUUGUUAGUUUUUGGAGAAACGGUAAGAAAAUCGGUGGAAAAUUCUUGUGAAAUUGCAGGCAGGUUAGAAAUAUCUCAAGGACAAAUUAAUGUAGAACUUGAGGAAAUUUCCGAAAGAGUGAAGCGAUUGCUCGCGCUUUCUCACCAACGUAGUGAUGACAAACAAUACGUGCAAACGGAAGACAAAGAGAGAUAUUUGGAUCAACUUGAAGACGGAAGUCGACGUUUUCUCGAAAUUCAAGAACAAGCAGAGCAGCUUAUUACCGAGGCGAAAGCAAAUCAAGACAAGUUAUUCGCUCUGAUUCGCAGAAAAGAUGAAAACCAGCGAAAAAUACAGAUUAUCAGGGAAAAAUUAAAACGACUACACGGUGUCUGCUCGGAGGAAGAAGUAAUGAAAUGUCCGAGUGAUAUCAUCGGGGAAGAUUGUUCAGACGUAUUUGACAAAGGAGGACGAAGAAGCGGAAUAUAUUUCAUCCAACCAAGUAGAAACUUUACACCCUUUCCAGCCUAUUGUGAUCAGGAGACUGACGGUGGUGGUUGGACAUACAUUCACAGUCACAUCAAUGAUGAUUUUGAUUUUAACCGAAGUUGGUUGUCGUAUAAACAUGGAUUCGGUGACGUAUCCUGUGAUGGAAAAAGUAAUUUUUGGAUUGGAAAUGAAGCGCUGCACGUGAUGACGUCAUUAAGAAACUACCACUUGAGAGCUGACGUCAUGGACUGGAGUGAUAACGAAGGAUAUGCCUCCUACUCAUCAUUUCAUGUUGAACCGGAAGAAAUGGAUUAUCAAUUACGAAUCAGUGGUUACGAAGCAGCGGAAGAUCCAGAUAUGAGAAUCGGUGAUGCUUUUAAGGGUCAUAACUUUGGUUACCCAGAUGACGAAUCGUCUACGAAACAUGAUGGAAUGAAAUUUAGCACUUUUGACAGAGAUAAUGAUCGCUAUCAGUACAAUUGUGCAAGUCAGGAUGGAGGUGGUUGGUGGUUCAACAGAUGCUCGGCAGUCAAUCUCAAUGGUCGUGUGUACCGAAAUGGAUUUUAUAAAGCCGCUAAUACACUGUACGGUUUUGAUAAUGGAAUGAUCUGGGGACCAUGGACGGGACUUUGGUAUGCAUUGAAAUCAUCAAGUAUGAGGAUACGGCCAGCGUUUCUAAACAAUGAAAAAUGAAGUGAUAGAAACUAAUCAGCGGAUGAAAUGAAGUGAAGAUGAAGUGUAGGCUGCUUAAUCUACCACAAGAAGACUGUUUUCAUACGUCUUAAUGUUGCUAUGCUGUUGAUUAGACAUAAAGUUUACAAAUGGAUCGUUUCACAAAAUAGUUGUUGUUUGUUUUUUCGUUUUCGG